GCAUUUGAGCACUGAACAAGCAAUGUGAGCUGGAGCAGAAGCAGGAGAAGCAAUAUGGGAGAGCUGCGUGUCCGCUCCGCUCUGGUGACUGGGGCCAACCGGGGAAUCGGCCUGGGGUUUGUCCGGCACCUGCUGGCAUUGCCAAACCCACCUGAGUGGGUCUUUGCAGGCUGCCGGGACCCCAAGGGACAGCGAGCACAGGAGCUGCAGAAAUUGGCCUCCAAGCACCCCAACCUGGUCAUCGUCCCGCUCGAAGUCACCGAUCCCGCCAGCAUCAAGGCGGCCGCAGCCAGCGUCGGGGAGCGCCUCAAGUGCUCGGGGCUGAACCUCCUCAUCAACAAUGCUGGGAUUUUAAAGGCAAACACGCUUGACACCGAGACACUGAAGGACAUGUCUGAGGUGUACACCACCAACACCAUUGCACCUCUGCUGCUCAGCCAGGCGUUCCUGCCCCUGCUGAAGAAGGCAGCCCAGGGGAGCCUGGGCUCAGGGAUGAGCUGCAGCAAGGCAGCCAUCAUCAACAUUUCCAGCAUUGGGGGAUCCAUUUCUUCUCUCACUGGUUGGGAUAUAAUGGAAAUUGUCUCAUACCGCUGCAGCAAGGCUGCUCUGAACAUGCUCACCAGGUGCCAGUCCAUGGGGUACCGGGAACACGGCAUCCUCUGCGUCACUUUCCAUCCUGGAUGGGUGCAAACAGACAUGGGGAGCGCAGCCGGACUCCCGCCCCCGCUGACGGUGGACGCGAGCGUAGGAGGGAUGCUGAAGGUGCUCUCCAAGCUCUCCGAGAAGGACAGCGGGACCUUCCUGGACUGGGAAGGGAACGUGGUGGCCUGGUGAGGUGCUGGCCCGGCCUCCUGCCUGGAUCCUGGCACUGGCCCUCUGCUGCUGCCAAACCUGUGUUUCACCCUCAAUAAACCCAUGUCUGACAACA